AUGUACAGCCUGUUCGUUGCAGCUGAAGGUGGGCGGCGGCGGCGUGCGGUCGUGGCGCGCCGUGGGGGGCGCGCACGGCGGCGAGCUCUCCGUCUUCUGCUGGUGAUGGCGCGCGGGACCACUCACACACCACCCCACCAGACAGAGCGCGCGACGAGCGCGGCCCCGGCCCGCGCGCUCGUGAGCCGCGGCCGCUACUGA